AUGGAAUCGUCGCAUGUUUCCACCAUCAUAGACCUCUUAUCUUCGGGAAAGCUUAAAGAACGGAGCCAGGGCCUAGAUGAACUUACAACUCUUCUCAAACAAGAUCCGGAAAAGCUACCAGUCAAAUAUCUGUACACGAUACUGCAGAUUCUAGUAGAUAUCAUUGAGAUUGAACGUUCCAAGCAUGAGAGACUGACCUCUGGUGGUGCUCCAGCACUCUCGGAGAGCAAACUUACGGCUAUUGAGAACAGACUCUCCUCGGCAGCAUAUGUUCUAAGGGUUCUCGUUCAAGCUACCGCCUGCAAGUUCAAAUCCAAGCAUCUUAGGUUCCUGAUAACCUUGCUGCCGAGUUUGAUAGCUAAUCCAGGAACUGAAGAACUGUCGGCAAGUACUUCCGUUCAUUUAUUAUGGGCUCUGGACUCCCUUAUCAGUAGUGAGUGUUUUGAGCUUAAAUUUGAGCCCCAUCAAUGGACAACAUUGGUCCAGAAAUUAACAAGCUACCUAUCUCUGCACUUGGACCAGUCCUUGAGCAAUAAAAAUAUUUAUUUUCUGCUUCGAAUUUUGAAUUCUCUACUACUUUUAGAUUCUGCCAGUCUACCGGAGGUUGAGUCAAGCUUUGUGGAACCAUUGGCGAAGUUUCUACAUAAGUCGCAAAAUGAGAACUCCAAUACAAAGAUAUUGCUGCAAUUGAUAAAUGUUUACAUUUUAAAAACCCAUUUGAUCAACUACUUCAACUGCCUCGAAAUACUUGAGCUAACUAUGCGGUUCUCGCUUCGCAUUCGGAUUUUCAACACAAGUGGGGUGGAACGAGAGUUUGCCAUUUUCAACCUUUUUUUAUGCUCUCUGAUCAACUCAGACGUUCUCAAAGUUAUGCAAACGGGUCAGCAGGGCACGGGUUUCGACCAACAGCGGCUAUUUCGCGUUUUCGAGGAUUACGUUAUAGCUAUUUUGACUGAUUACGAUCCUGCGAAUUUGAAUCAAGCAGAAUUUCAAUUCAAACAGGUCUCAAAUAAAAUGGAGUGGCUUGAAUACAAGGACUUUCAAUUACAUUGCGAUUUUGAGACAACUCCAUGUUUAAAGAUGUUUGGCAUAGCACAAAUGAUCCGAGCAUAUUUUUGUAUUAACGGCUCCAGAAAUACUGACGAAGGGCUUCUCUUCAAAAAAACAAAGAAAAACGAAUCUCUUGACUCAUUCCUCAAAGACGCAAUGGACCCAGUAGUUUUCAUUACUCGGUGCAUCGAGAGUUCGAUUAAAAAAUUCCAAUUAUUUGGCCUGCAAGCUUGUGGGUUUUUUGCUUCCAAUUUUAACAUGGAGCAGUCUCAACUUGAUCAACUUGGUGCUUUGAGUUUCCAAAAAUUUGAAGAUACACAAUUGCAAGGAUGGGCUUGCUUUGCUUUGGUGCCGUUGGUAUCGGAUGUAAAUUCGCAGUUGCCGGCGAAUCUAGUUCAAAAAAUAUUUCAUCUUUGUCUUCCCCUUAUCAAAUUUCCAGAUUUAUGCCGAAGCGCAUGUGCGCUCGCAAGAAGUCUUAUUAAAUUUUACAGUCGCAACCUACUCGCAGAUUUUUCCAUUGCUCAACAAGUCAAUUACCUAUACCAGCUAUCCGAUGUUAAUGGUCCUGCUUUACUGAAUGACGAGACAUUCGAGUUUUGGAUGUAUUUGUAUACUUUCGAAUGCUCCCGCAAGUCCCGAGUUCAAGAUUCUGCCUGUACGAGAACAAUUUCUUGGUUGCUUUCAAAAUGGAAUCAACUUGACUUGAAACGGCCUGACCAAACGCAUUUCCACACAUUUGUAGCAUGGCUGGCCGGAAAGAAUGAUUUACACACAGAAGAAAGCGAGCGUGUAAACUUCUUGCCACAGUGCGAUACCUAUUAUACAUAUUGGCAACAGUUUUCAGUGGAACGAUGCUUUCUUCUUGGAAAUUCAAAUAGCAACGGUAAAGAUAUCAAAAAAGCUAUGGACGUACCACAGGUUUUAGUAGAAUCAAUGGAGCUAUCUCAGGUGUUGACAAAAUUUAGCACGCUUGCUAGCAAUCCGGAUAGCGAUGAAAUCUGGAGCAUACGGUGGUGCUGCGAAGGCGUCAAACUAAAUUUUGAUCUGAUAGGUGAUCAGCAAUUCGCUGAUCAUAUCAAAAUCUUAGACUACGAAAUACAACUUGUGGCGAGCAACCUUUGCGACCCCCAAUUGUUUUUAUCAGCUGAGCCCUUAAAUGAGGUCUUGCAUCUGAAAUCAGUUAGCACCCGCUCACACGUCUUUCUGUCUAAUCUCAAUGUUUCAAACAUACUUAGAGAGCUGAAGUCUUUGAUUCUUGCAGAAGAAUUGCCAAGCUCAUCAACAGAUCAGUUGGAUGGCUUUGAAAAUUCACGGGAAUUCAGAUCUCAAAGCACGACUCCGACACCGCAUCCGAAAGGCUUUCAGGCUUUCGGAAAGUAUGUGAUCGAACAUGUUCUGAGGCUGCUUAGCCUCACAGGCUCUUCGCUUUUGGGGAAUGAUGACAAUGAGAAACUACUAAACAUUGUGGAGUUCUUGGAUGGACUUCCGGAUAGAUAUGUUGUUCAAUCUGUACCAUACAUCACAACAUUCUUGAAUAGCGUGAGUCGGUCGGAUAAAAGUUUGGAACAGUUAGAACGAUUGACGCAAAUUUUGGGAGCGGCGCUUUUGAGUACUAAGUAUAACACAUCUAAUGUAUCAAUGUCUCUUCUGGCAAUGUACUUGGACUCUACUCGUUGGGCGUGGCUCUCAGGUGCGAGUCAAAGAUUGCAAGCUGAUUCUGGAGAUAUACUGGACUGGCUUCUGGCGAAGCUCAAUGAAAAUUCAUUCUGCGCCGCAUGGGCCGUCCUCAGUCUAUCCAAGCUCUUGCUUAACUUGCUUCGAUUUCAAGACUUUUCAACGGGGAAAAUUGUGGGAGGGAAGCAGAAAGUAUUUGGAGCUUUCAUAAAUUGCAUUCGGAGGCUACCAUUUUUCAUGAUCAAUGGCGCUGUGGAAGGUUUUCAACACUACGUCUCGAGAAUAAGCACAAAAAAUCAAAUGAUCGCCUAUGCCGAGAUUUCAGAUAUUUUCGCAUCCCGAGCAGAUACUUUGGAAAUUCCAGCGUUCCAUGCUAUGAUAUUAGCAAACAUGGGAGCAGUUUCGAGUUACCAAGCCAUUCGCUCUACCCUUGAUAUGUUAAAUCAGCACAAAGAUCAGUUCGCUCUACAUUACGCGAAGCGCUGUUUUGACGACGUUGCGCAUUCAAGUGGUAUGGAAGGUCGGCAAGAGCUUUUCCAUUUAUAUCGCUUUGAAGUGAUUGAAUAUUGGUACGAAAGAAGCUUAAGCACUUCGUCAGCAGACUUUGAUUCUUGGCAAAUUUGUGUCUUCGGGUUUACAUCUUUACAAGAAUUCCUCAAAUGUUAUUGUAUUGAGUUAUCAGCCUUCUACUUCUCGAAGAAAAUCAAACUGCAUUUUGUGAUCAAAGGAUUGUGCGAGCAAAGCGGGGAAGUGGAAAAGCAUUUGCUCGAGAAUUGUUUGCAUCUAUCCAUCCCCCUAUGUCACAUUUCAACAAAAUUUUCCGAUAACCUCAUUAAGCAGCACCGAGAUACGCUCGGUAGGCGCUAUAAUCAAAUAGUAGGAGAGCUUGCGCGUGAGAUAUGUUAUUGGUUUUUAUAUUUCACUAAAUGGGAAUUGUCCGAUGAACUACAAAAAACUCUUAAAUCUCUUUUUCCCAAGUCUGGGUUACCGCAGCGUUUGCUUGCUCACCUGCCAUCGUUUUCAAGGAGUCAAACAAACCUGCAAAUACCUGCUUCAACUUCUCUUAAUCUACUCAAAGCCCACAUCGAUGCUCAUAGCAUGGAUGAACGUGAUGUAAGCUAUUUGCUUGCGAGGCUAUCCGCGGACCUUAGCGAAACCAUUUCGCCAGGUAUGAAGAUUAGCAUACUUAGAGAAAUGAAAUGCUUACUGAUAUUGUUCGAAUCUUCAUUAAGGGCAUGUAGUUAUUUGCCGAGACUGGUAGGCGUUCUGGCUGCUAAUUUUAAAUUCAGAGAGUUGCAAACCGAAGCUUUAGAUUUAGUUAGUUGCAUCAUUGGCCUCGGGUUGGAGCAGGUCGCUGAGGUUGCUGAAAUGUAUUCCGCGACUUUUGCGUGUUUACUUGCAGAACAUACUAAAUUUGCUACGCCCCUGAUAGAAUCUUUGGAGCAGUCCUUAUCUCAUGUUUGUUCGACAAACAUUCCGGAUUAUUCUGAAACGUGGAAGUCUUGUUUAAGAGUUUUAAAAGGGGAGGUGCUGGGUAAUAGCGUUUAUUUGAAUGAUGAAUUGUUGAAGAUCGUUGAAGCUUCCGAGAUCAGGUUUUUACUUCUCUCCCAACUUUUCGAAUACCACCCCGAGCCGACUCCUUUUGAUCUCCAGUUUCAUUAUUCUCAUCAAGUCGCAAACAAUCUGUUUGAUUUAUCGAGGCUAAAUUACAAGACUUCUCCUCAUUUUGAUCUCUGGAGAGGCUACUAUAUUGGAGGAUAUUAUCUUAAGUACGCUCGUAUCCCUGGCGCACUCAAGCGAGAUAACAACGUUGGGCAACUCUACGAUAACUCCUAUACUCCGCUACGAACAUUGAUGGAAAAUCUAAAGCUGUACCGUGACAAGACCCUUGACGCCCGGCCCUAUUUCGCGAUAAACUCUGUCUUUUCCUUUGCCUCGACCGUGCUUGCAAAAGAGAAAGUCGAUCCUCGAUGGAACACGGAUAUGAAUUGGGUAGGAGAUGCAAAGGCUACCCAGAUAAGUAGCCGAGAGUUUCAUCUGCUACCAACCGUCCAGCUGGGCGCCUCAGACGAUAGGGGAUUGCGAAGUUACAUGACUUGCUUGCACGAUAUUCCGUACAAUCAGUGGAUUUCAUGCAUAAUGAUUAAAUUGAGUUGCAAGCUGGAUAGCUAUUUGCCUUGCUUCUCCGCAUUCAAAAUGUUAAAAGAACAAAGGCCUCAACUCAUUGAGUCUAUGUUGUUUGACAUGUUUUUCAUCUUAGAGGAUCUCGAUCAUAAGACAGGCGUAACCCAACUACUUCAGUUUUUGAUGUCUUUUAAAGACCUUUCUGGCGAUCACAAUAUCAAAGAUUUUAAUUCCAAAGCUACGCUGCUUUUACGCUUGUUUUCUGUGGUAAGGUCGGCCUCUAAAAAUUGCAAGGGGAGUCUAGCAAAAGUUUAUGAAGCGCUUGAUCUUGAACACUAUUAUAGGUUAGCCUCUAAAGUAGGUAUGGCAACUUUGGCUUACAUGCUUUUCGAGGAAUAUUCUUCUAAUGAUAAUUGUCCUAGCCUGCAACCGCUGCAAUCAGUUUUUGAAGCUAUUGGGGAUGCUGAUUUGAUGCAAGCACUCCCCAUUGAACCCUCGCUUGACUACGCCUUCUCAUCGGUCGGGAAAUAUAAUGCGCGCAGCUUCAAAAACUUUAUGUUCAAUAAUUGCAAGUUCGACGUAAACAGCAUACUUCGAAAAGGCCCGAAUAUGGAUGAGCUUGUUGAAACCAGUAAUAUUAAUGGUUUUAGUGGAUUAGCGGAGAUAGUCAGCAAUGUGAACUCAAAGCUUUCAAGUCGGGGGCACCAGGAGGCUUAUCAGUGGAGCCUGCGGUUGAGUAAGUGGGAUCUCCCCCUACCAGAUCGUUGUAGCUCAGCAUCAGAUGCCCUUUAUUCCCUAUCAAAAAAGAUUUACGCCAACCCUUCCGAUGCACUUAAGAUAUCAAAAUCCCAUCUAAAAAAAGUUGUCGCAGACGCUGUUUGGUUCAAUAAAAAAAAUGAAUGGGCUGGUACUCUGAGCACUGUCUUAUGCUCAGAAUUGUUCAAUCUGCAUCAUAACGAUCCUGUUUACCUCAAGUCGCUCUUGGAUCAGAUCGCCACUUAUGAUGCAAUAAGUAUGGAAAGAAGAUCUUUCUUUGAUCACGAAUUAGAGAUGAAAGCCCGCCACUCGCUUCUUAGUCUAUCAAAUAAUGACCUGACAAUUCUUGGCUCUAGGGUUGAAUUGAAAUGCUGCGAGUUUCUUGAGCUGGUCAACUAUGCGAAUGCCUCAAGAGAAAAUAAAGCUUUACAAGAAUUUCUAACAGCUGCGGUGCUCCUCGAGAACAAAGCAAGAGAUCUCGACAUUACUACAAAGAAUGGAAGCUGGAAACGUUUGGCCCUUUUCCAAGGAGCGCAAGCACUUUGGUUACAGAAAGAGCAUCAGAUUUCAAUAUCAAUACUUGAAAAUUUAGUACAGAAUAACGAUGCAAACCAUUCUGGGACACUGAAUUUGCUAGAAGAGUCUUCGCAUGUUUCUCAAGUUCGUUUGAAAGCACUGUUAGUCGAGUGGACGUCACUUCAGCGAAAGCACUCUGCUCAUUCUAUAUAUACUCGUUACAUUGCGGACACGACUAGCGAAAUUUCUGAGGUCGGAGACUACAGUGACAGAGCUGAGAUCUAUCUCAAAUUUGGCGAGUUUUGCUUUCAACAAGUGAGACGUCUCGAAGGUGACGAGACCGUUAACGAAAGACGCAAAAGGUCAGAACAAGGAAACGCCGAGCUAUUGAGCGUAUUGGAGAUUGUUAAGGAUUCGGGAGCGCCCGAUCAAGACAGAAAAGAUGCCAAGAAACACUACAAUAGGCUGAGGCUACAGGUUGAACAAGAUCAAAAUAUGCUGGUAAAUCUUGCGAAGCAGCAACAACUGUUCACUUGGAAGUCUGUUCAUUUUUACCUAAGUGCUUUGGUAUAUGGCAGUCAAUUGGAUGAGGACGUCCUCGACAAAUUCUGUGGCUUGUGGUUUCAAUAUGCUGAGGAUGGUGAGCUCAAUUCAAAGCUGUAUCAUGAAAUUAGUUCCAUACCAAGUUUCAAGUUUCUUCCUUGGAUUUAUCAAUUGACUUCUCGCUUGAGCAUCGAUACUUCACCGUUUCAACGGAAUUUGCAGUUGACUUUAAAGAGGGUGAUGUUCAAGCUUCCCAAUGAAACCUUAUACCCUCUCGUGAGUUUGAGAUUGUACAAACGAUAUCAAUCAGCGCACGACCCUUCCAUUGCAAUGCGAGUUAAGGCUGUUGAAAAGCUUUUCAAUGAGCUAGGAAAGUAUGAUAAUGGUCAGUUCUUUACAUCUUACUUGGAACCCAUUCAGGAAUUUUGUGAGAUGUCGGUUGAACUUUCGAGCAUGAAGCUCCCUAAGAGCUGCCGAAGUAUAAACCUUGCGAACCUAAAAUCCGGAAGCUAUUGGUUAGAUUUGAUAAAACGGAAAGGUUUAUCUUUACCAACCAGCCCUGUUCCCAUAGCCUGCUCAGCAGAUGGACGCAAGCCACGAGCGACUAUAACUCAUUUAGACCCAACGGUUGACAUAUCCUCAUCGGGGCUUUCGUUACCCAAAAUUGCAUCUUUCUGUCUCUCGGACGGAUCGAAACAUAAAGUUCUUAUGAAGGGAAGUAAUGACGAUUUGCGGCAAGAUUCGAUAAUGGAACAGGUAUUCAAACAGGUCAACCAGAUCUUGCUAAAAGAUAAGCAAACAAGAAAAAAGAGCCUACGAAUCAGAACGUAUGAAGUUGUGCCUCUUGGGCCUCAAGCUGGACUUAUCGAAUUUGUGCCAAACUCAAUAUCUCUUCAUGAAGUCCUCAACAAGCUGCAUAAAAAGGACGACUUGACGUUCGACAGAGCAAGGAAGAUGAUGAAGCAAGCUCAAAGUAAAUCAUUCGACGAGAGAGUUGAUGUGUUCAUAAAGAUCUGCAAUUCAGUGAAACCUCGAUUGCGAGGAUUCUUCUUUGAUUCGUUCCACGAUCCACAAGGAUGGCUUGAUGCUAAAUACGCAUUUACCAAGGGUGUUGUCACCAAUUCCAUUGUUGGAUAUAUCCUAGGACUUGGUGAUCGGCACCUAAAUAAUAUUCUGAUUGAUAAGUCAAACGGAGAGCCAGUUCACAUCGACCUAGGGGUAGCUUUUGAUCAAGGUCGACUUUUACCUAUUCCAGAACUUGUUCCAUUCCGACUGACGCGAGAUAUUGUGGACGGUUUCGGUGUAACAGGAGUAGAAGGCGUGUUCCGUAGCAACUGUGAGCGUGUCUACUCAGUGUUGCAUAGCGAACGGGAGAGAGUAAUGAAUGUACUCAACGUGUUGAAAUGGGAUCCAUUGUAUUCAUGGGUCGUUUCGCCCUUGAGGAAACGGAAGUUACAAGCCAACAUCUCAGACGAUAGCGAAGAAUUUGAGCUUGGUGCUGGCAAAGCUACCGCUUUGGAGGAUAACAAUGAAUCGAUGAGAGCACUCAAGGAUGUCCAAAACAAGCUUGAAGGAAGUGGUCUGAGCGUGGAGGCCACGAUACAGGAGCUGAUCCAUCAGGCGACAGACGUGGGCAAUUUAGCUACCAUUUACAUGGGAUGGUCGCCAUUCUACUAG